AUGGAAGUUGAAACUAGUAUUUAAAUUUAAGAAGAUGUUAAGAAAUGUAUCUGCUGUGAGCCAAGGGCUGCGUCAGAUGACGCUAAGCUCCAACCUUUACGCAGCAGGAACUGAACAUCACGUGAUUAAACGCCCAGUUAAUGCGUUCAUUCUGUAUCAGCAGGAUCAUAUUCAGAAAUUGAAGAGAGAGAACCCCAACCUAAAGAUGACUCAACUAACAUCUCUCAUCUCUAAGCAGUGGAAUGAACUUCCGGAGAAAAGUAAGAAGCCCUACUUUGAGAAUCAUCAAUCCCAACUAGAGAUCUACAGGAAGCACAUGGAUGCCCUGCCUACAGACGAGAUAGAAGUUCUCAAGAAGGAGAAGACGGAAAGGAGAUUUGAAAAGAAACUCAAGAAGUUGUGUAGAGAGAUUAAAGCUCUGAAUAAGGAUCGUCCGACUCUCUCGAAUGCGUUCGCCCUGUUCGUCCAGGACUAUAUGAAGGAGAACACCAGCCCAGGGAACCAGGCAGAAAAGAUGAAAGGAUGUGGAGUAGCGUGGAAGAAUCUAUCUGAUGCUAAGAAGGCUGAAUAUAAAGCUAAACACGAGAAGAGUAAGGAAGCCUAUCUCAAGGAACUUAGCAAGUGGGAGAGUGCUAUUGAAAAAGAUGGAAGGAAACAAACCCUGGAAGAUUUGAAGGCUGAGUUUUCUAAAGUGAAGAAGGCUGAGACUGAUUACAAGAUUAACGGCUGGUUCAACUAGAUCUAGACGCUGAUUACAAGAUUAACGGCUGGUUCAACUAGAUCUAGACGCUGAUUUUUAUCCAACACAACAAAAUAUUAUGAUUGUUCGAUUAUCACUUAAAGUGACUGUCGACGUAAUUUCAAGUGACCCUCCAUUUAUAGAGGGGUAUAUUCUUUUUUACACUGUUACUCUUAAUCCUUCAGCUGAGCAAAGUUUAUAAAGAUUUUCUUAUCAAAAUUGUCAAUUUCUAACUGUGGUGUCUCUUUUAAUGUGACAUGCGGAUUUACGCUGCUGAAACACUUAGGUUAAACUAAUAAUUUUACUCCCAUAGAAUAAAAUAAAAUAUCCUCCUCAUCGUAACUCGGAUAAGGGAUUAAUGGGCACCGUUGCGAAUCGGACCUGUAACAUGCAAAUAUGGAUGGUCAUUUAAAAUUAAGUCAAUAGUCCCUUUGAUACUGAAGAGAUUUCAUGUGCCGUGUCCCAAAAUUAUAGUGUUCGAAUGCAUUUAAUUUAUAAUGCUCACAGCUGAGAACUGAAAUGAACAACAACAAAAAUUAAACUUUCCUCACUGAGAAAGAUUAACUCAUCUCUCAUUGGCCAAAUCCUAAAGUGUUGACCAUUAAGAAAUCGGUUAGUCCUCCUGCUAUGAGAGAAAAAGUUUAACCAAUCCAGUAUUUGAAAAGUUUCCGGUUCAGAUUCAAAUUCAUUCUUUUUGUAACACAACUGAGCUUAAUGUCUCCCUAUAGGUUAAAUGGUAAAAUGUAAAAAUAUAUUUUUUAAAUAAUUUGAAGAA